GCUCCUGUAUUCACGAGUAAAACCCUUGUGUGUUUGCUUGGUGCUUGAAUACGAGAACCCCAUACGAGCCGAGAAAACCCUAGAUCUUCUGCAACAAUGGUGGCCUUUAGGUUUCAUCAGUACCAGGUCGUAGGUCGAGCUCUUCCAACUGCUUGUGAAGAGCAUCCUAAGCUUUACAGGAUGAAGCUUUGGGCAACGAAUGACGUAAGGGCGAAAUCUAAGUUCUGGUACUUUCUAAGGAAGCUCAAGAAGGUGAAGAAGAGCAAUGGGCAAGUGCUGGCAAUCAAUGAGAUAUUUGAGAAGAAACCUACAAAGAUAAAGAACUACGGCAUCUGGCUGAGGUAUCAAAGUAGGACUGGUUAUCAUAACAUGUACAAGGAGUACAGGGAUACAACUCUCAAUGGUGCAGUGGAGCAGAUGUACAAUGAGAUGGCCUCUCGCCACCGUGUAAGGAGCCCAUGCAUCCAGAUUAUUAAAACUGCCACCAUACCAGCGAAGCUUUGCAAGAGAGAGAACACGAAGCAGUUCCAUGAUUCCAGGAUCAAGUUCCCAUUGGUCUUCAGGAAGGUCAGGCCACCAACCAGGAAGCUGAAGACUACAUUCAAGGCAUCAAGGCCCAACUUGUUCAUGUAAGUUCUGAUUAGACAUGUUCUGGUUAUGAGUUUUUAAGUGGGGACCAAGGAAUAUCUUGGAAAUUAGAGAGAGAAGUUCAAGGGGAGUUUGUCCCUUGGAUUAUGCUGAAGUUUUGUUGCUAAGGAUGUUGCUAGUACAUUCUCAUAUGGUUUGUGGGUUCAUGGGAUGGCCAAGGAGCAUCAUACUUUGGAACUGUCGUCAUUUUUUAUCUUCUAGUUUAUGAAAAAUUGAUAUAAUACGUUUUGCUUG